AUGAUUUUCACUGAUGUCCCAUCAUCAAAAAGAUUAAUACAAGUUAUAUGUGCAAUAAUAUGGUGUUUAUUAUCAGCAGGUGUAAUAUUUGGAUUUAGUGCAUUGAAAGUAGUUUUGAUUAAAGAAUCAGUUUAUGAAUACUUAUGUGAUUAUCAUACAGAUAAUACCACCUUAUUUAUACAAGAUGAAAAUGAAAUUGUUGCAAAAUGUACAUUACAAGAUUUAAAAUUAAAUAAAAUAUUCACUAUAGCGGCAGUAUUAACUAAUGUUAGUGCGUUAUUAAUUGGAUUUAUCUUGGAUAAUUAUGGACCUAAAGUUUGUGGAUUUAUAGGUGCCGGAUUUUUAUACUUGAGUUGUAUUAUAUUCACUUUUAGUAAAAACCUAGUACAAUUAUCAUGGUUUGAUCCUUAUAUAAUGGGAUAUAGUAGUUUAGCAUUAGGUGGACCUUUUUUAUUUAUAUCAAGUUUUUCAUUAUCUAAUGCUUUUCCUAAAUAUAGUGGUACUAUAUUGGCAUUAUUAACUGGUGCAUUUGAUGCAUCAAGUGCUUUAUUUUUAAUAUAUCAAAAAUUAUAUUUUACAUUACCUAAUUUUAAUUUAUCUAGUUUUUUCAAAUUAUAUUUGAUUGUACCUGUUUUUAUAACUAUUGCUCAAAUUUUAUUAAUGCCUUGGGAAUCUUAUCAAACUUCAUCUAGUGAUUUACUUGAUGUUGAUAAUGAAAACACAAGAGAAGUUGAACAAACACCAGUUUCAGAACAAAAUGAAUCUACCCCAUUAAUCAAUUCAAUACCACAUCCAGAUCAUCAUGAUUUGAGAAGAAGAGAUUCUGUAGGUGAUGCAUUAAAACAACCUUAUUUAAAUGAAGGUGAAGCAGUAUUGGAACAAAAUGGAUCGGGGGUGUUUGGCAUUUUACAUGGUUAUUCAGCACAAUAUCAAAUCAAAACUUAUUGGUUUUUAUUAAUUUGUUUGUUUAGUACUAUACAAAUGUUGAGAAUUAAUUAUUUUGUUGCUACUAUUGGAUCACAAUAUCAAUAUAUUUUUGGUUCUUAUGAAUUAUCUAAAAAUUUGAAUUCUUUUUUUGAUAUUGCAUUACCUUUAGGUGGAAUUAUUAGUAUUCCAUUAAUUGGAUUAUUAUUAGAUAAUUUUUCAACAAUUUUAGUGUUGAAUGUAUUAGUAGGUAUUUCAUUAAUCAUUGGAAUUCUAGGUCUUAUCUCAAAUUAUGCAUUAGCAAUAAUUGGUGUAUGUUUAUUUGUUGGAUAUAGACCAUUUUUCUAUACUGUUAUAUCAGAUGUAUGUGCAAAAGUAUUUGGUUUUGAAACUUUUGGAACAGUAUAUGGAUUAAUUAUGUGUAUAAGUGGUGCAAUAAAUUAUGGACAAGUUUAUUUAGAUUAUGCAACACAUACGGUUUUUAAAAUGAAUCCAUUCCCAAUAAAUUUAUUUUUAAUUGGUGUUUUUGUUGUUAUAAGUUUGAUUACUUUAAUUUAUGUACAUGUUCAAGAUAAUCUAUCAGAAUUUCAAGAUUGUCUAGAACAAUGCACAUGCGAUAAUACACCAUCACAAUAUAAAAUAUGGUUUUGGUCAUGUUCAUCAAAUUGUAACUAUUAUUGUCAACAAUUAGUAAGUGAUUUAAGAUUGAAAAAUGGGUACCUGAUGCUUCAAUUUUAUGGAAAAUGGCCAUUUAUUGUUGUUUUUGGUAUACAAGAAUUUUUUUCAACUAUUUUCAGUAUGGGGAAUUUUAUAAUAAAUUAUUUGAAUUUUAAAUUAAUUUAUAAACAAUAUCAAAUUAAUAAUGAUAAAGAAAUUAAAUUGAUUUAUUUCCAAUAUUUGAUUUUAUUGGGUGUUAGUAUGAUUGGUUGGAUUUUUAGUAUUAUAUUUCAUAUUAAAGAUUUACCAAUCACUGAAACUUUAGAUUAUUUUGGAGCUUUUGGAAUAAUAUUAGCUAAUUUAAAUGUUAUCGUUGUUAGGUAUUUCAAAUUGUUUAAACAACAGCAAAGAAAUAAAUUGGUUAUAUGGCAAUCCUUUUUAAUUAUGUUAUAUAUUUUCCAUAUUUUAAAAUUAUCAAAUAAUUGGGAUUAUACUUAUAAUAUGAAUAUUAAUAUGGUUUGUGGAUUAUUAGCUAUGAUAUUUUGGAUAUUACAUAAUUUAAACAUUAUUAAUGUCUACUCCAAGAAUUUAAAAUUUUUACAAAAUUCAAUUCAAGUAAUACCAUAUGAAAACAAAAUACUUAACAAGUUAAACCCCCUAAUAAAGUUUUUAAAUUUAAAUCAACUUUAUAAAUUUCAAAUAAUUCUAUUCAUUCCAAUAAUCAAUAAUUUAAUUCUUUUAUGUGGAAUUUUUUUAGAAAUAAAAGAUUUUGAACCAUGGUUUAGAUUAAUUGACGCUCAUAGUUUAUGGCACCUUUUAACUAUUGGUCCUAAUAUUGUUUGGUUUGAUUGGAAUAUUUGGGAUAUAGAAAUUAUGAAAAUUCUUGAAAAAAAAUAG